AAGAAGAAGAAAAUCGACCUGUCGUUUAAUUAUGUUGUCAUACCAGAAAAUCAAAGGUCCUCUUUAGUGCCGCGAAACAAAAACAAAAACCACCAUCUUCACAAUCGCCCCAUCAAGAUUUUCCAAAAAGAUCCAAACUUUCUUCAUUUUUUUCAAAAUUCUAAAUCCCCCAAUUCAAUUCAACUCUCUCUCGUUCUUUUUACCUCGCAAAACCCUAAUUUCUGGCAAGAAUGCUUAUUUUGUAGAUGGGUUUUGGAUUUCUAGGGUUUUUUACUUCAAAAAAUGGGUGCUUUAACGAGUAGUGGUAACCACAAAAGAGAUCACCCAUGUAAUUAUAACCCAUAUUCAAAUUCUCCAGAUUUUCACGUCUCUAAAAAGCCCAGAUUCUCUACCAUGCAUCAAACCCGUAAAUUCAACAACCAAACCCUAGGUUCUUCUAACAGUAUUGCCUCUAGAAUCUCUAAGUACCCAGAAACAGCUACGAAGUUUCGCCGAGAGGUUCAUGCCCCUUGUAGUUUUCAGAAAUUUACCUUGUCCAGGGUUAAAAGUGGUGGUUUUAGCGAAAAGGAGAGAAAUCUUGGUCGUGAAGGUGAUGUAAUGGGGAAUUUCUUGAGUAGCAAGUUGGAUUAUGCGAAACAAAGCGCGUUUGGUGCGAUUAGAUAUUUGGUCAAAGAGAAAGAAGUGAUUGAUGUUGAUGAUGAGAAUGAGAAGAUUGAGAAAGAAAUUGUGUCUGAGGAUUCUAGUAUUGAAGAAGUUGAGGCUUUCGAAGAGGAUGGAAGAGAGGGAGGGUCUGCGGUUUUGAACUGGAUGUUGCGAAAUGGGGUUGUGGGCAGUGAGAAUGAUGGUGAUGUUAAAAUUUUGGAGGAGAGAUCAGUGGUUACUAUUGAUGGGAAUUUAGGUGUGGAGAAUACAGGGAAGAUGUUGGGUUCAUUGGCAUUGAAUAAUGAAUUUGGGGUUUUGACUGUUGAGACUUACAAGAAGUUGUUGGAGGAUACAGAGAGGAGGAACGGGAGGUUGGGAUCAUUGAAAUUUGAGAUUGAGUACAAUGAGAAAAGGCGGGAUUCAUUUAAGGCCUUGCGACCUGUGAAGAAGGAACCUGUGGAGAAGAUAUCGCGAGAGCCUUUUAUCCCUCUCACACCUGAGGAAGAAACCGAGGUUAAACAAGCAUUUUUUCCCAACAAUAGGAGGAGGGUCUUGGUCAGUCAUGGAAAUUCCAAUAUUGAUAUUACUGGACAAAUUUUGCACUGCCUUGCACCAGGAGCAUGGUUGAAUGAUGAGGUCAUAAAUUUGUAUAUGGAUUUGCUUAAAGAAAGGGAAAGGAGAGAACCGAAGAAGUUCCUAAAAUGUCAUUUUUUCAAUACCUUUUUUUACAAAAAGUUAACAGGUGGAGGUAAGGGUGGCUAUGAUUAUAGAGCUGUCAAAAGAUGGACCACAGAAAAAAAGUUGGGAUAUUUCUUGAUUGACUGUGACAAAAUAUUUGUCCCUGUUCACCAAGAGAUACAUUGGUGUUUGGCAGUCAUUAACAAAAAGGAUCAGAAGUUCCAGUAUCUUGAUUCACUCAAAGGAAGGGACAACAGAGUUCUUGAAAGUUUGGCUAAAUACUAUGCUGAAGAAGUUAAAGACAAGAGUAAGAAAGACAUUGAUGUAAGUAAUUGGGAGCGUGAAUUUGUUGAAGACCUUCCUGAACAACAGAAUGGGUAUGACUGUGGUGUGUUUAUGAUCAAGUAUGCUGAUUUUUAUAGCAGAGGUAUAGGGCUUUGUUUUGGCCAGGAGCACAUGCCCUAUUUUCGGUUGAGGACAGCCAAGGAAAUUCUGAGAUUGAGAGCUGACUGAUUGAAAGUGUACAUGUCCUACUCAAAUAACAUGUAUCCAUUAUUUUGUAUUAGUGAUUCUGCAAGGAGCAGAUCCGCCAUAUUUGACAGAUGAUUAUAAAUUGCCUGUGCCUUGUGAAUAGAGGGUCCUUCAGCCUUCGUCAAGUGUCGAUCUGGUAGCAAUGCGAGCAGCUCCAGUUUUCCCCCGGUCAUAUAAUCGAUCAAAGAUUAUUCCUUGUGCAAUGACACUAUCGACGAUGAACAUGGCAGGACUGGUGGCUGGUAAUAUGAGUGCAAGCUGAGUUGCGAGGGAUUUUGUUUUUGGAAGAGUUGAUCUAGGAAAUGUCAUGGUUUUGUAAUUUUCAGAAACGAAGGAGGAUUUUGCUUCUCUUCUCACUCGUGUUAUUUGCUGUCUACCCGUUUAAUUCAUUCAACCUGGUUAUUUUA